AAUAAUAAAUGCAGAAAUCACAAGUACUUAUCGAAUAUAAUACCAAGGAGAAAAUGAGCGAACCAUGGCCAGAAAAUCCCCUGCCAACGCUGUAUCAACCCUACGAGGCCGAACAGAUUUUGUUGUAUGAAAAUUCCAGCUGUUUAGCUGUAAAGGCCUACCUUAAGAUGUGCAACCUUCCCUUCGAAGUGAGAUCGUGUGCCAAUGCGGAAUUUAUGUCUCCGGGUGGUCGUAUGACCAAAUUGCCGGUCCUACAAGUUGGGCAAUUUGUAUUUGCCGAAUUCGAACCGAUUGUUAACUUUGUUGAACAUCAAAGCACAGCCAUUGGCCAGUGGCUGGAUGAAGAUGAAAAAUCGGAAAUGCGUACUUAUGUCUCGUUGACGGAAAACAUAUUCACUAUGGCUGAAAUUUAUAUUAGUUUUAUGGUUGAUCGCGUGUAUACAGAAGUGACGGCGCCACGCAAUGGUUGUGUUUUCCCCUGGCCAUUGAACAAAAUCCAGAAUGCCUCAAAGAAACGUCAAGCCAAGAAGCUGUUGCAAGUUUAUCAAUGGGAUAAUAUGGAAAUCGAAGAUGUCAUGGAAAAGGUGGAGAAAUGUUGUGAGACACUUGAUCUGAAACUAAAGGAGCGAGAUGGUCCAUUCUUCUAUGGCGAACAACCGUGUGAAUUGGAUGCCAUUGUUUUUGGUCAUUUAUUUUCGGUACUUACAAUCAAUCUACCCAAUAUGGCAUUAGCACAAAGUGUACAAAAAUUCAAGUCACUGGUACAAUUUUGUCGUUUCAUCGAUGAUAAAUAUUUCCAAGCAAAAGCUGUUUAA